AUGACGACCAGACCUCUGUCAAUCCGCCUCGUUAAUACCAUCCGCUCAUAUUCAACCCGCACCAACCAAACCCUCUCCCUCCCCGAUGGCCGCACCCUCAGCUACGCCGAGUACGGCACUCCAACAGGCACACCCCUACUCUACCUCCACGGCUUCCCCUCCUCCCGCCUCGAAGCCUCCGCAUUCGACCCAAUCGCCAAGCGCCGAAACCUCCGCAUAAUCGCCCCAGACAGACCCGGAUACGGCCAGUCCACAUUCCAACCGGGACGCCAGAUACCCGACUACCCCGCCGACGUGCACUCCCUCGCCGACCACCUCAAGCUGCCCAGUUUCGCUGUCCUAGGCGGAUCCGGCGGCGGUCCGUAUGCCCUCGCAUGCGCGCACUCAUUACCGCCCGACCGGCUAUCCGGCGUUGGGGUCCUCGCGGGCGCGGGGCCCUGGAGUGCCGGGAUGCAGUAUGUCUCUUUGGCACGACGGCUAACGUCGCUAGCGGCGACAUAUACACCGGUUGGAUUCCGGGUCAUAUUGGACGGGCUCGUCAGUACUCUACGAUGGACCGUAACAACCGGCCCCGCAACGCGAUGGAUAGACGCCUGGCUUGAGAAACAAGCGACCUCGGAAAAGGGGACCCUGAGUAUAGAAGAGCGCCGGCAGAUGGUGCUAGACAUGUCCUUUGAGGCGUUUGCGCAGGGGAGUGGUGCGACCGUGCAAGAGGCUGUUCUGUUAUCGCAUGCUUGGGGAUUCAAGUUUGAGGAUGUGGUCUAUGACAAGGUGCGCAUUUGGCAUGGGGUCAGGGAUAAGAAUGCGCCGAUUGAGAUGAUUCGGUAUAUGGCGGGGCGGAUGCCGCAUUGUGUGUUGACGGAGUUUGAUGAUUCGCAUUAUACGCUUGCGAGGCAUAUUGAACGGAUUUUGGAGGAGUUGGUUCCUGUUUGA